UUUGUCAUUAAUUAAUAUAUCAAAGAGGAAUCUACUCCCCUGCCGCCGCCACCCCCCAAAAAAAAACCAGCACACCCGCAGUCCAAUGGCUCUCCUUCAGUGGCCGCAGCCCGACGAAUCCCGGCCUAUGAUUCUGCUUUUCCCGACCAUCUUGCUCGUGAUAUUGCUGAAUUAUGCCUUCACAGAAUGUUAUAGAAAGCGAAAACUCCCCCCCGGCCCUCCUAAGCUACCGCUCGUCGGGAAUCUCCACCAGCUUGGGAACUUACCUCACCUAUCCCUCCACAGUCUCGCAAAGAAAUAUGGGCCCAUCAUUUCCCUGCAGCUCGGCUGGGUUCCGACUGUGGUCAUUUCCUCUGCUAGAAUGACCAAAGAAGUUAUGAGAACCUAUGACCUCGUGCUGUCGAGCCGCCCGCGACUCUUCGCAGCCAAGUAUAUCUUUUAUGACAGCACUGAUAUAGUCUUCUCGCCCUACGGGGCCUACUGGAGACAAAUAAGGAAGAUCUGCAUUCUUGAGCUGCUCAGUGCCAAGAGGGUUCAAUCAUUCAGGCCUGUCAGGGAAGAGGAAGUCGCCCGAAUGGUUGACAGGAUCCAGGAAUCCUCAUGUUCCGGGAGUGUGAACCUGACAAAGAUUCUUGGGCUUUAUGCAAACGAUGUUCUUUGCAGGGUCGCGUUCGGACGGGAUUUCUCUGGAGGUGGGGAUUAUGAUUCGCUCGGGUUUCAGGAUAUGCUUCAGGAGUAUCAGGAGCUCGUUGGCGGGUUCAGCAUAGGAGAUUUCUUCCCGUCCCUGGAGGAGUUCAUACACAGAUUCACGGGCAUGACAAGGAGACUGCAGGACACUUCCAGACGCUUUGAUGAGCUCUUCGACAGGAUACUAAGUGAACAUAGUAAUCGUGUAUUUGAUGGAUCAAGGAAAGAUGACCACAAGGAUCUUGUUGACGUUUUGCUCGAAAUACAGAAGGAAGGCUCUUUGGCGGAAACGCCUCUUACAAUGGAUAACGUUAAAGCCAUAAUCAUGGAUAUGUUUGCUGCAGGAACUGAUACAAGCUUCAUCGCCCUUGACUGGGCGAUGACGGAGCUCAUAUUGAACAGGAAAGCCAUGGACCGAGCCACAAAUGAAGUCCGAAGCAUUGUCGGGGAGAGGAAGUUCGUACUAGACACUGACCUUCCUCAUAUGCCCUAUCUGAAGGCAGUAAUUAAAGAGGUCUUCCGACUUCACCCUCCUGCUCCGGUCUUAGUCCCAAGAGAGUCAACGGAAGAAAUUGCUGUAGAGGGGUAUAGAAUUCCAGCAAAAACUCGGUUCUUCAUCAAUGCAUGGUCUAUCGGAAGAGACCCUGAGGCAUGGGAAAAUCCUGAGGAAUUUAAGCCGGAGAGAUUCCUCGACUGCCCGAUCGACUACAAAGGGCAGGACUACGAGCUGAUACCAUUUGGCACCGGUAGAAGAAUUUGCCCGGCUGUUACUUUCGGAGCAGCCACUGUUGAGCUUGCUUUAACUCAGCUUCUUCAUAGUUUUGAUUGGGAGCUUCCCUCGGGUGUUAAGCCCGAAGAUCUGGACAUGACCGAAGUGUUUGGUAUCACAAUGCACCGCGUAGAGGAACUCAUUCUUGUGGCAAAACCACGCUUUUGAUGAUCGUAUAUGAUAUGUUGCCAGAGAGAGACAGCAACUGAUCAACGACUGAGUGCAUUGUGUUGUUAUGUCCUUUCGAAUGUGAUGUUAAAGAACUAAGUUUUCAUUUUCCUGUGCGAUCAUUUAUUGUUGGAGAUUGUAUCAGAGUUGCUGUACUGAUGUGGUUUGGAUCAGACAAGAUGACAGUUAUCUCUUGUUUUGUUAUGUGUUAUGUGUCCUUUUAUGUUUAGUUUAAGUUCCUAGCUUUUAGGAAUGCGAGACAGGUGUUAAUGUGGCAGUUAUUAGUCUGUGUUAAGUGGCAGUUAUAGAUUGCUUUGUGUCUAUAUAUGUAGGAAAGAGUCAAUGAUGUAUUGUGGUGAAAAUUAAUGAAGUUUUCUUCUCUCUCUCA